AUGGCUGAUGUUCAGGAAGGCCAGCAGCGCCCGGAGCCAGUGGAGACAAUCAUACAGGAGCCCCAGGAUGCCGAGGACGACACUUACGCGUCUUCGUUGGACGGCGCGUCUGUACAGUCGGACACGGACUCUUUGAAGUCCAGCAUCCGUGACUACCGGAGAGAAAACGGGCGCACGUAUCACAGCGUCAGCGAUGGAAACAUGCAACAUCACUGCUGGCAGCUGACCUGGGACGACAAGCUCUGCAUGAGCCCGAAGAAGGACGGCGCCAACCGCGUCCUGGACGUCGGGACGGGAACAGGCAUCUGGGCCAUGGACUACGCGGACGACCACCCCGAAGCACUGGUCAUCGGUGUCGACCUGAGCCCCAUCCAGCCAGAGUUCCUUUGUCUGGGAGAAUAUGGCCCCAAAACACCCAAUGGAGUGCUUACGGAUCUGAACAGCGUGCCGCCGAACUGCCGGUUCGAGAUCGACGACGUCGAGAAGGAGUGGACGUGGCAGGAGCCCUUUGACUUUAUCUUUGCGAGACACAUGAAUGCGUGCUUCGCCAGCUGGGAGAAGUUUCUCAAACAGGCCUACGACAACCUCGAGCCCGGCGGCUACAUCGAACUCCAGGACAACGCGUUCCCCAUCCUCUGCGGCGACGGCACCCUCAAGCCGGACGACGCCAUGGCGCGCUGGUCGACGCUGAUGAUGGAGGGGACGGAGCUCAUCGGGCGCCCCAUCACCGUGCCGGCCGACUUCCGCCGCCUCCUCGGCGAGGCCGGGUUCGAGGACGUCGUCGAGCACAGGCGCGUGUGGCCGACGAGCCCGUGGCCCAAGGACGAGGCCCUCCGCAGGCUCGGCUUCUGGACGCAGGCCUGCAGCCUCGACGGCGUCGAGCCGGGCGCGCUCGCGCUCUUCACGCGCGUCCUGGGGUGGACGCGGGAGGAGGUGCUCGUCUUCAUUGCCGGCGUGCGCAACGACUUCCGGAACAAGGACAUCCACGCCUACUGGAACGUAUACUCCGUCCACGGACGAAAGCCGCUGAAGAAGAAGCCUACGCCUACUCCUCCACCUUCCGCCCCUUUGGAGUGA